AAAAGAAAUUAAAGUACAAGGACAAGAUUAAAAACAAUUAAAAAGUAGAGGGAGGUACAAAGGAUUUGAGCUCUUUACAGUUUACAUACACACGAACUAGACUCUACUUCCUUGAGGCUUGAGGUUGGGGAUCUCUCUCUCUCGUCUCAAAAACCGUCACCUUAAACUUCCUUACCCUAUCAGAUAGAUCCACAUUUACUGCUACACUUCUCACACACACACACGUACCAAAAGUAAGUAUCCCUCUCUCUCUCUCUCUCUGAGUCUCGCCGUUUGGAUUCAAUUAUGGCUACCACCACCACCAUUAGAAGAACACCAAUUGUUUACGCUCUUUUAGCCUUCUUCUUGUUAUUACGAUUCUCCUCCUCCACGGAUACACCUCCUGAACAAUCACCAUCUCCAUCUCCUCAACAAUCCGAUUCACCAUUACUAUCUCCUCCUCCUCUUCUUCCACCCCCCUCUCUCUCACCAGAAACCGGAUCUCCCUCACCGACGACAAUGGCAUCCCCACCAGCAUCACCUCCUUCAGAUCUGACGGCUCAUGUGCCCGCACCGGCUGAGAAUGUUCCAGAUCCGGAUCCGUCGGUGGCGAGCGAUAUAAAUGUGAAAGCAGGAAAUGGGAGUGAAGACGAUGAAGAACAAGGGUCUGAGGGAAUGAGUGGGGGGAAGAAGGCGGGGAUAGCAGCAGCAGUUAUAGGGGCAGCUUGUUUGGUUGGCUUUGGAGGAUUGGUUUAUAAGAAGAGACAGGAUAAUAUUCGAAGGUCUGCUUAUGGUUAUGCUGCUAGAAGAGAGCUUCUUUGAAUUUUAUUUUAUUUUAUUUUAUUUUUUUUCACUCAAGAUUUCUGCAUACGACGACGUUUCCAUUUUAAUCAUUAUUUAGGUGACCAGAACGCAAUUGUACGUUUAUGUUAAUGCGAUAUAUUUCUUUGUUUUCUUUUCCAACAAAAAAAAAAUCAAAUAAAAAAUUAGCAGUGAAAAAUGUAAUGUUCCACAAAUUAUUUUGGAGAUUAAUGUUUUUGCA